AUGGCGACGACGGGACAGUCCUUUUACGAGCUCUACCGCCGUAGCAGCAUCGGCAUGGCUCUCACGGAUACCCUCGACGACCUGAUCAGCGAGCGUCGCAUCGAGCCGCAGCUCGCGAUGAAGAUCCUGGCGAACUUCGAUAGGAGUAUCACGGAGGUGCUGGCUGAGAAGGUCAAGGCGCGCUUGACGUUCAAGGGCCAUCUCGAUACCUACCGCUUUUGUGAUGAAGUCUGGACUUUCCUUAUUAAGGAUGUCACCUUCAAGAUGGAGAACUCGAGCCAGACGGUUCAGGCGGACAAAGUCAAGAUCGUGAGCUGCAACAGCAAGAGACCCGGUGACCCCCAAUAG